AUGAAUAUUAUAAGCCUGUCGGUAACAACAUUGUUUUCCCCACACAUAGAGCUGUCAGAUGAGGAGGAGGAUUCGGCCCCUAGUGGCCAAAACCAGCCGUCGGAAAACAGCAUUUUCACCCAGAGGCCAGAGAGCGCCACGGCAACUAAAGGAAAGGACAUCACGUUCGUGGCCAAAGUAGACUCGAGCAGUCUCCCACGGAAACCGGCGUUGAAAUGGUUCAAAGGGAAAUGGCUCGACCUGGCGAGCAAAGCGGGAAAACAUCUGCAGUUCAAGGAGACCUACGACCGCAACACCAAGAUCUACACGUUUGAGAUGAAGAUUAUCAAAGUGGUGGAUGGAGAUGCAGGAGGAUACCGCUGUGAGAUCAGCUCCAAAGACAAGACCGACUGCAGCUACUUUGACAUCGAGGUUCAGGCUGCCCAAGAGGAUACGCAGGACAACAUCCUGGAGGCCUUCAAGCGAUCCGGAGGGGCCGAUGAAGACGCAGGAGAGUUGGACUUCAGUGUUCUCCUAAAGAAAAGGGAGAAAAAGCAAAGGCAGUCAGAGAACGAGGAGGUGGACGUUUGGGAGAUUUUGAAAAAUGCCAAACCGUGUGACUAUGAGAAGAUCGCGUUUCAGUACGGCAUCACGGACCUCAGGGGGAUGUUAAAGAGGCUCAAAGCGAUGAAGAAAGUGGAGAUAACCAAGAGUGAAGCCUUCUUGAGGAAACUGGAGUCUGCGUACUCUGUGGACAAAGGGAAGAAGAUGACCAUGUCUGUGGAACUGGCCGACCCCAACGCGACCGUCAAGUGGCUCAAGAACGGACAGGAGAUCAAACCAUCGGCCAAGUAUGUGAUGGAGAGUGUGGGAGGCGUUCGUACCCUGACUAUAAAUAAGUGUAAUCUCUCGGACGACGCAGCGUACGAGUGUGUGGUGGACGAGGAGAAGAGCUUCACUGAACUCUUCGUCAAAGAGCCCCCGAUCACCAUCACGAAGCUGCUGGACGAUGUUCACACUGUGGUCGGAGAGAAGGUGGAGUUUGAGGUGGAGGUGUCCGAGGAAGGAGCCAACGUCAAGUGGAUGAAGGACGGAGUGGAGCUGAGCAAAGAAACGGCUGGAUCCAAAUACAGGUUCAAGAAAGACGGAAAGAGACACAUGCUGAUCAUCAAUGAAGCCACGUUGGACGACAUUGGAACGUACUACGCCUUUACCAACGGCGGGGAGUCCAAGGCCGAGCUGGAGGUUGAAGAUAAGGAGCUGCAGGUCCUCCAGAGCAUCGCAGACCUCACAGUGAAGUCUUCAGAGCAGGCCGUGUUCAGAUGUGAAGUGUCUGAUGAGAAAGUCACCGGGAAGUGGUACAAAGACGGAGUGGAGGUGCAGCCCAGCAACCGGAUCAAGAUAUCGCACAUUGGCAGGGUGCACAAGCUAACCAUCGAUGACGUGAAACAGGCUGACGCUGGCGAUUACACCUUUGUACCCGACGGACACGCACUCACGCUCUCAGCCAAACUCAACUUCUUAGAGAUUAAGAUUGAGUACAAGCCAAGACAAGAUCCUCCAAAGAUCCACCUGGACACGAGCGGAGGAAACAAAAACGCCAUCACUGUUGUGGCCGGGAAUAAGCUGAGGCUGGACGUGGAGAUCAGCGGGGAGCCAGCGCCCACUGUCUGCUGGAAGAGGGGAGAGGAGGUGAUCUCGGAGGGGGAGGGCAGGGUGCGUGUGGAAAUGAGGAAAGGCUUGUGCAGUUUUGUGAUUGACGGGGCGGUGAAGAGCGACGAGGGGCCGUACUCCAUCACCGUGACCAACCCGGCCGGGGAAGACCACGCCGAGCUGUUGGUGAAGGUCGUGGAUGUUCCAGAGCCUCCAGAGAACGUGCGCUGUACUUCAGUGGGGGAGGACUUCGCUGUGGUCACAUGGGACGCCCCGCCGUACGAUGGAGGCGUCCCCAUUAAAGGAUAUCUAAUGGAGAGGAGGAAGGCUGGCUCAUCGCGUUGGACCAAACUGAACUUUGACGUUUACGAGUCGACGACGUACGAGGCGAAGAAGAUGAUCGACGGCGUCAUGUACGAGAUGAGAGUGUACGCCGUGAACGGGAUCGGCAUCUCAGAGCCCAGCGGCACCUCCAAACCCUUCAUGCCCAUCGCCCCGACCAGUGAGCCGACUCGUCUACAGGUGGAUGAUGUGACAGACACCACCUGUGCUCUGAAGUGGCGUCAACCGGAGAAGAUCGGAGCAGGAGGCAUCCAGGGAUACAUCAUCGAGUACUGCAUCGAAGGAAGUGACCAGUGGGUGCAGGCUAACGAGGCCCCGGUGGAGAAGACUCAGUACCGGGUGAAGGGGCUUCCUGUGGGGGAGAAGAUGCUGUUUCGGGUGGUGGCCGUGAACCUGGCGGGACGCAGCCCUCCGGCCGUCCUGGGACAGGCCGUCACCAUCAGGGAGAUCGUGGAGUCGCCAAAGAUCCGCGUGCCUCGUCAUCUGCGCUCCAAACUCAUCACUCGAGUGGGAGAGAAGGUCAACAUCGUCAUCCCCUUCCAGGGAAAGCCUCGUCCCGUGGUGACCUGGUACAAAAACGGCACCCCCCUGGAGGACCGGUCCGUGGGGAUCCGGACCAGUGAGGUAGACUCCAUCCUCUUCAUCCGCUCCACAGAGAGAGAACACUCCGGGAUUUACACCCUCAACGUGAAGAUCGAGAACAUGGAGGACAGCGCCGACAUCCACAUCCUGAUCGUAGAUCUACCCGGCCCCCCGAUGUCCGUGCAUGUCACUGACGUCUGGGGCUUUAACGCGGCCAUCGAGUGGAAACCUCCCAAAGACGACGGCAACUGUGACAUCAUCGGGUACACGGUGCAGAAAGCGGACAAGAAGACUAAGGAGUGGUUCACUGUGUACGAGCACAACCGCAGGCCCAGCUGUACAGUGUCAGACCUGGUGAUGGGAAACGAGUAUUCCUUCCGAAUCUUCAGUGAGAACAUCUGUGGACUGAGCGAGGAGGCGGGGCUCAGCAAGAACACGGCCUUCAUCAGCAAAUCAGGUUUCGAUUUCAACCCUCGCCCGUUCAAAGAGAAGGACAUGAGCCACUCGCCCAAGUUCACAGCGCCCCUUGUGGACAGGAGUGUAGUGGCAGGUUACACCACUGCCAUCAGCUGCGCCGUACGUGGAUUUCCUCGGCCAAAGAUCAUGUGGAUGAAGAACAACAUGAUCAUCAGUGAGGACCCUAAGUACCUGAUGCAGAACAACCAGGGUGUUCUGACUCUGCAGAUCCGCAAACCGAGCCUGUUCGAUGGGGGAAAGUACGCCUGCCGCGCCAUCAACGAGCUGGGGCAGGACGAGGUCGAGUGCAGGUUGGAGGUCAGAGUUGUUCAAGAGAAGGAAGAAGUAAAAGCAAAAUGAGUCUUCAAGCAUCAACACAUCAUGGAUCCAGCUUAAAAACAGAAAUAACGGAUGAAAUAAAUAAAACCUGUUUGCAUUAUAGUCAAGAAUUACAUUGAUUAGAAUAGUUCCUCUGCUCGUUCUCCCUGACAUCUGUAAUAAAUCGUGUUCUGAGCUGGAGGUGACUGCGUUGGUUUGAACCGUCUUGUCUGUCACUGAGUGCAUUAUAAAACAGGCUCUCAUCCA